AUGCAGAACACCGAAGCUCAAGAAGAGAGAAAAGCAGAUAUGGAGCUGCUCCAAGGUCUGGAAGAGGCACUACACUGCACGACAUGCCAGAUCGCCGUCACACAAGCGAGCAUGGCAGAUGAUAUCCAGAAAUGCUCCUACAUUACCUCCCACUACCCACCCUUCUUCCUCAACAACAACUCCAGAGACGACAACAUCUCCCCUACAAACACCCACUUCCCCUCCGAAGACCCAUCCUUCUGGAAACACAUCUCCGUCACCCAGCGCGAGCGCUACUACGAACUAGUCGAACAAGCACUAAACCACAUGCUCGACGAAACAAAAGACAUCAACCCGGAAGUCGCCGUCCUCUUCGCCCACUAUCAAAUCGACUUCCACAUCCGCCAGCACUACCUCGCUCUCCGGGGAGUCCUAACAUUCUGCCGCAACGCAGACGACAUGCAACAACUCCGCCACUGGCAAUGGAAGAUGCAUGACAUGGAUAACAUGAAACCCGUCCAUCCAGACCAUGUCUGGCCCUUGAGUUGCAAGCACGUCGGAUGGCCGGAGGACAAGAACCUCGAAAUGAUGCACCAAACACUAAUGUGGAAGCGUGCCUGGCCCGCGCGACGGAAGCGUGUGGCUGAAGUCCGGGCUCGAUGGGCGAUUAUUAUGGAAGAAAGACGGAAGCAGCGGGAGAUGUUGUUGCGGAAGCAGAAGGCUACUAUCACGGUCCGGGUUUAUUGUAGGGGCGAGUUGAUGGAUGUACGGGAACUUAAGAGGAUUACACAUUCAGAGCCGACGCUGAGACUGGGGAGAUUGUUGCAGAGUUCUGGGGUUUGA